AUGAAGUUGACAGGAUUCUUAUUGAUUUUACCAGUUUUAGCUCAACAAACUACUAUUUUCAUUACUCAAGGAACUCAAACUGUGAUUAUUCCAGGAGUUCAAACUGAAGUUGAUACUGAUGCUCACACAGGAACUCAAAUUGCAGUUACGGGUACUCAGCCAUUAACUACAGUUGGAAAUACAGGUACUCAGACUGGAAAUACAAUAGUUCAACCACAAACUACAGUAACUCAAGCUACAGACACUGAAACAGGAGCUAUGCAAACUAUGAAUAAUCAAACAACGCAUCAAAAUGCAACUGACCAUGCUGGUCAUAAUCAAACAGGAAUUGGUCAACAAACUGGUCAACAAACUCAAACAGGCCAGACUGGAACCCAAACUGGAACCCAAACUGGAACUCAAACUGGAACUCAAACAACAACUGGCCAGCAAACAACAACAAAUGGUCAACAAACAACAACAACUGCAACAGUUGCAGGAGCUGCAACAUUAAUGGUCGGCAGUUUAGGAUAUCUUGCUUGCUUUAUGCUUUUAUAA